GUCAUGAGAUCAACGCGCCGUUUUAUUGGUUGACAUCUAUAUAAAAUUUUUGUCGGCAAUUGGCAAUUCUGAGAAUCCAUUACUUGUCUUUCAAACGUACCUUCCCUCAACUUUAUAUCGAAAAAAUUAAUAAAACAUGUUAUCGAAGAGACAAAUAUAUACCGUCUUUAUGUAUAAAUGGAUAAAAAAGCGAAAUGACAAUCCUUCACAGCGGUUUCUUUCAUCUAAGAUUCAAAAAGAAGCAAAAAUGCGGAAGAAAUGGAAAUCCAUUGUGGGCUUAGAAGUUCAUGCUCAGAUUGCAACAGAGUCAAAAUUAUUUUCUAGCGCAUCCACCAACUUUGCUUGUCCCACUAAUUCGUGCGUCUCAUUCUUUGAUUGCGCCACACCAGGAACAUUACCUGUAUUGAACAGAAAAUGUGUGGAAUCAGCAGUACUGACGGGCAUAGCAUUAUCAUGUCGAUUAAAUGAGACUUCUAUGUUUGAGAGAAAACACUACUUCUAUGCAGAUUUACCUGCAGGAUUUCAAAUCACUCAACAAGGACAUCCCAUUGCUGUCGAUGGUGAAAUUAAGUUUCAUGUAUUCACUCCAGGAAUACACAAAUCACCAUAUCAGAAGACUUCUAAAAUUAAGCAGAUUCAAUUAGAACAAGACAGUGGUAAAAGUUUGCACGAUGUAAAUGUAGCAAGAAGCUUAAUUGAUCUUAAUCGUGCUGGAAUACCUUUGAUGGAAUUUGUGUUCGAGCCAGAUUUGGUUGAUGGCGAAGAAGCUGCUGCACUUGUGAAGGAGCUUGUACUUACGUUACAGUUACUGGGUGUCUGUAAUGGCAAAAUGGAAGAGGGAGCACUUCGUGUCGAUGCUAAUGUUUCUGUAAAUAACCGAGACGACGAGUUGGGCAUUCGGACAGAAAUAAAAAACAUUGGAAGUGUGCGUGCCGUCGCUGCCGCUAUUAAAUAUGAAAUAAGUAGACAAAUUUCUAUCCUUGAAGCCGGUAAUGAAAUAUUUAACGAGACACGCGCGUGGGAUGCGGUAAACAAAAUGACCAUUCCUAUGCGUGAAAAGGAAGACAAAGAAGAUUACCGAUUUAUGCCUGAAACAAACUUGCCACCUUUACGUAUACAUGUUAGAGAAGAUUUACCAAAUGAAGACAAUUUAGUUGAUGCUGUAAUAUUGAGAAAACAGUUGCCUGAAUUGCCGGAACAGAUACGUCAGAGAUUAAAGAACGUUUUUAAAAUAUCUCCUGAAAUAAUUAUAUCUAUAAUGAGUGACUUUGCAUUGUUACAAUUAUUUGAUGGAAUAAUAAGAAAAGAUAAUGAUCGUGAACCAGGAUUGGUCUCCAAGUUUCUCGUCAUGGACCUGUUGAGUUUUCUUCAUAAAAAUAAACUAACAGUUGAAUUUUGUAUAUCACAUGAAGACUUUAUUGGUCACUUGAUUGAUUUAUUACAAAACAAAAUAAUUAAUUUAAUAACAGCGAAGAAGAUUCUGCAUGAAAUAAUAUCUGAUUCAAAAAAAUCUCCGAAAGAGAUUGUUGAAGAACGUAAUUGGUUCUUGAUAUCAGAUGAGAAACAACUGGAAGAGUUAUGUUUAGAAAUUAUCGAGAAAAAUCCGAACAUUGUAUCAGGAUAUAAAAAAGGUCAGAAAAAAUUAUUUAAUGCACUAUUGGGAGAAAUGGCAAAGAUCACAGAGCAACGAGCAGAUAUGGCUAUUGUUACAAAAAUUAUGGAAAGAUUAUUAAAGUAAUAAAUGAAGAGUAUAUAAAAAAACACCGGAUUUACGGAAUCAAUUUCUGUAAAGAAAUAUAUUGUAAAUAUGAAACACAGUAUAUUUAAGAAUAAAUAAAACUAGAAUAAAAAUAAAAUAU